AUGCCAACUCCGUCUAUAUCUUCUUAUGAGGAAGAUUAUAAAUCUAUACAUGGAGAAGAGUAUAAACCAAUAUAUGAGGAAGAGUAUGAACCAAUGUAUGAGGAAGAGCAUGAACCAAUGCAUGAGGAAGAGCAUGAACCAAUGUAUGAGAAAGCGUAUGAACCAGAGUUACAAUUAGAUGAAUCUGAA